AUGUCUUCCGCCGAGGGUGCUACCGCUGCUCCGGCUGCCGGCCAGAACGGUUCUGCUGAUGCCCCUACUUCCAACGGCGCACCUGCCAUCAAUACCAAUGUGGCUCAGGCUGAGGGCUCCGGCGACAACGAUGUCCAAACUCCCUUCUCCGCUACCCCCAACAACAACGCUCAACACUCUGCUUCGCUUUAUGUCGGCGAGCUCGAUCCUUCCGUUACCGAAGCCAUGCUCUUCGAGCUAUUCUCCUCCAUUGGUCAAGUUGCCUCCAUCCGAGUUUGCCGUGAUGCAGUUACGCGUCGCUCACUCGGCUAUGCCUAUGUCAACUACAACAACACCGCUGAUGGUGAGCGCGCCCUCGAAGAUUUGAACUACACCAGCAUCAAAGGUCGUCCUUGCCGCAUCAUGUGGUCUCAGCGAGAUCCUGCCCUGCGCAAGACUGGUCAAGGCAAUGUCUUCAUCAAGAACUUGGACGCUGCCAUUGACAACAAAGCCCUUCAUGACACUUUCUCUCAAUUUGGCAACAUCCUUAGUUGCAAGGUCGCUCAAGACGAACUUGGCAACUCCAAGGGCUAUGGCUUCGUUCAUUACGAGACCGCCGAAGCUGCCACUUCUGCCAUCAAAUCUGUUAACGGCAUGUUGUUGAAUGACAAGAAGGUUUUCGUCGGUCACCACAUUGCAAAGAGAGACCGUCAGAGCAAGUUCGAAGAGAUGAAGGCCAACUUCACAAAUGUCUACAUCAAGAACAUUGAGGAGUCGGUCAGCGAUGAGGAUUUCCAAAAACUCUUCGAAACAUAUGGCGAUGUCAUCUCCGCGACUAUCACUCGUGACGAAGCUGGCAAGAGCCGUGGUUUCGGAUUCGUCAACUAUACCAGUCACGAGGCUGCUGCUCAAGCUGUUGAUGAGCUCAACGACAAGGAGUUCCACGGCAAGAACUUGUACGUCGGACGUGCACAAAAGAAACAUGAACGUGAGGAAGAGUUGCGCAAGCAAUACGAAGCUGCGCGUAUGGAGAAGGCUUCCAAAUAUCAAGGUGUUAACCUCUAUGUCAAGAACUUGACUGAUGAUGUUGACGACGACAAACUCCGUGACCUUUUCAGCAGCUAUGGAACCAUCACUUCGGCUAAGGUCAUGCGCGACAGUGCUGAGCGAAGUGACUCUCCUUCUGGUGAGAAGGACAAGGAGAACGUCAAUAAGGAAGGCGAAGCCGAAGAGACCAAGCCAAGCUCUGAAGAUGAAAAGAAGGACGACUCACAGGAGGAGGGCAAGGAUGAGAGCAAGAAAGAAACCAAGUCAGGACAACGACUCUUUGGAAAGAGCAAAGGAUUCGGCUUCGUUUGCUUUAGCAACCCUGACGAAGCGUCCAAGGCAGUUUCUGAGAUGAACCAAAAGAUGAUUGGUGGUAAGCCCCUUUAUGUUGCGCUUGCUCAACGCAAGGAUGUUCGCAAGAACCAGCUUGAGGCUAGUAUCCAAGCUCGCAAUACCUUGCGUCAGCAACAACAAGCCGCUGCCGCCGGUAUGCCUCAGGGCUAUAUCCAACCUGCUGUCUUCUAUGGUCCAGGCCAACAAUUCCUUCCUCCUGGAGCCCAACAACGUGGUGGCAUGCCUUUUGCUGGCCAGCCUGGAAUGGUUAUCCCUGGUCUCCAAGGUGGUCGUGGCCAAUUCCCUGGCAUUCAACAAGGUGGUCGUGGUAUUCCUCAGGGCCAACAGUUCCCACCUCAAUUCGGCUUGCCCGGUCAAAUGCCAUUCAUGCAAAAUCCUGCUCUUGUCAACGGCAUGUACAAUAACCCUCAAGCAUUGGCUCAGAUGCAGGCACAAAUGGGCCGUGGUGGAGGUCGUGGUCAGAUUCAAAAUCUGCAAGGCCUACCUCCCAACAUGCAAGGUAUCCCUGGGCCACGUGGAGGACCUAACUUUACUCAAGGUGGUGGCCGAGGUGGUGUUCAGAACAUCCCAGGUGGUCAGAACCCUCGUCUUCCCCCAUCUGGACGCGGACAAGGAAAUGCACCAACCCGAGAGGAGCCAGCACCUCCAAGCAGCCUCGCCAACCUUUCCUCCCUCCCUCACAGCCAACAGAAGCAAAUUUUGGGUGAAGCCAUCUACCCCAAGAUUCAGUCUUUGCAACCAGAACUUGCAGGCAAGAUUACUGGUAUGCUUUUGGAGAUGGACAACUCUGAGCUUGUCACUUUGGUUGAUGAUGAUGCAGCUCUGCGCGCCAAGGUUGAUGAAGCUCUCAGCGUCUAUGAUGAUUACAUGAAGUCGAGAUCCGAGGGUCCCAACGGCACCAAGGAGGAGGACGGCUCCAAGGCUGAAGGUGUGGAAGCGAAUGCUGCCUAA